AUGACCAUCUCGUCCGUCGUGCAGAACGGCUUCUUCCACGAUGGCAACCAGCUCAUCCGCAUCCCCCCGCGCUCAGCUGAGAAGGUGACGGCGGCGCGGAGACGCGCUCGUCUCGCCCGGGAGAAGUCCAAGAAGCGCCUGAACGAGCGCAGUCGCCUGCUCUGGACCUCGGAGGAGCACGAGCGGUUCCUCGAGGCCCUCGAGAUGUACCCGUCGGGCCCGUGGAAGGUCAUCGCCAAUCACGUUGGCACCCGGUCAACACGGCAAGCCAUGACUCACGCGCAGAAGUACCGCCAGAAGAUCGAGCGCCGCAAGCUCAAGCAACUCAAGCUCAGUACCGUCGGCAUCCCCAAGCUCGACGAGCUGCUGCCGUGCUCCCCCACGACCGUCGACUGCAUCCGCUUCGAGGUUCCGACAGAGUCAAAGCUGGAGGAAGAGUCGGCGGUCAGUGACCUUGACGAUGAGGUGGAGCGGGCGCUGACGAUGGAGUUCCUGGACGAGUUCCAGCCGCUCACGAUGGACUGCGAGGAGCCCCUCCUCACUGGACUCGCAGCGUUCUCCGAUGACGACCCGCUCUGGCUCAGUCUUGGGACGAUCAGCGCUUCAGUCGCUACUUCGACGGCACCAGAACCGGCCGUCUGGGACAGCGAGAUCCUCUCGCUCUAAGGAAGUUUCUUUAUUAUGACAUGACUACCUCGAACUCGACCUAGUCCCGAGUUACACAGUCUUACGUGGUUAGUGUGGCCAAUAGCAGUAGAAUGCAGUGAAAAUGCUUAUGAACUUCAAUCAAAAAUGAGGUUGAUCACAAU